AUGUUCGACAGUUAUCCAGGACCGAAAUCAUUUUUGUUGUUGGUGUGUAAAGAGGUUACUGAAGCAUUGCGGGGUCCCGAGCCUAAUCCGCUAGCUUUGCCCCCUAAAUUAAGGGACGAACUACCAAAUCUGACGGAAGAUCUGUACCCUUUACAUGAUUGCUUCUCCUCGAAAUAUAUAUCUACUCUUAUACUCCCAGAUGGUUCAGGAGGAGGAGGAUGGCUCGCACAAUUCCUUACCCUUCGAGAUAUUACCCAAUUCGUGGUCGCCGCUUCGAUUCAAUAUACGAUAAAUAGAGAAACUCGUGAUGCAUAUCUUCCAGCAGCAUCAGAGCGAACGAGGAAUGCCGUUCUACGGGCGAUUGAGAAUAUGCGAAUACCACCGCGAUUUUCAAAGGAGGAUUUGAUUGGUACUUUCACCGAUCAAUAUCGAAUUAUUCUUCCAGAUACACCAGAUUUGAGAAGACAAUCAAUGCAAAUAGAAGCAGAUGACAAGGAUUUGGAUGCGAUUGAUGCAUUAUGUUUGCGACUUGGUGAUCGCCAAAUGAUAAGUCGUUUGGAUAAUCCAGAAACAAAUGAGGUCAGAUUACCUUCAAAGACAAAGUGUGUUCAGUGCGAGGAACCAGUUACUUUGAUGCGUGAAAUGACACUUGCAAGGCAAGUUUGGGACCUUCUUGAACCUUUUGAAUCCCAUGCAGAUGCUGCGAAUUUGGAACGUCAUGUCCCAACAUACUUCCAGCUUCCACCACCAAAGACGGAUGGAGCAAUCACUUUCCUUCCAGCGUACAAUACGUCAAGCGCAAGUAAUGUGAAGAUGCGCACAUUUGAUACUGAACCACCUUCACCAUUUCACAACAAGACAAGCUUCACAUCAGCAGCUGCGCAAGAUCGGUCUAGAUCGCUACCUCAUACUAUGCCGUCUCAAGUAUCGCCAAUUGUUGGCACUUUCGGUCAGAGACUGGAUACACCCAGCACACUACCCUCUUCUUCAUCUGAUUUGACUUCGUUGGAUGGUUCGAGGUCAGGUGAUGGCUCUAGAAUGCCAGAACUUCGAAAGACUUCAACUACUACAGAUGAGACAUCAUUUUCGCCAGAAUCUAUGUCAGGUCAAGGGAAUACUUCACCAAAUGACCCUUCACCUUUUGGAAUGGUCUCCGAGACUGGAACGUACUUUGUCAAUCGAUCUGCACUUAGAAUAGUUAAUCUUCAAACUUCCGCACAUGUUGUGGAACACCCUUUACCAUCAAAUCUAUGGGCUAGUAGUAUAGCCAUAUCUCCCAACGAAACUACCGUUGCUGUAGGAUUUACCAACGCAACCGUUCAUUUCUUCAAAACCACUCAAUCAGGUGAACCAAGGGAAGAUCGUCUCCAUAGUCGAAUCCACAACGAAUGCGAAGACUGUCCAGAAGUAGAGACACUCUCCUACUCCGACGAUGGCAUGCAUCUUCUAGCCAGCACGAGAAGUGCCAAAAGCGGCGCCAUUCAGAUAUAUUUUUGGAUGACUCCAAUGAAAGCUUCUCAAGAACUUGUAUCCUGUCGAUAUCAUGUCCCUUUGCAUGAAUCAGAAGAUCGAGGAUUAUCAUCUGCAAUAUUCCGCUCCAGAACCGGUAUUGAAGAAAUUCUCGUUUGUAUAACGACUUGGACACAAUCUGGCGUUCCCAUUCUCGUCCAUCCUAAAACAGGGCAAAAAACAGAUAUAAAGACCGCGACCAAUCGAUCGGGAAAACUAGGAAGUCGUAUUCAAUGUGCUAGUUUUUCGCCAUCAGGAAAAGACCUAGCUAUGGUGAAUGAAAAAGGACAUUUAUAUUUAAUCUCGGCACUUAAUUCUAGUCCAUUGGAUAUUCGAAAAAUAGCAGUUUCGAGGGAACUUACGAUUAAAUCUGAUUCUUUCGCAAUGGGAUUUGUGUCAUUGCCGGAUGAAGAGGCAGCGAUUGUUAUGGCGUGGAUUGAUCCUUCGAAGGCCGAGAAGGGGAUGAUUAGGAAAAUUCCUUUGACUGUUAACGAAACAAACAUAUCCACCACCCCCGUUCUCCAAAAAUCAGAAUCAAGCUCCGGGACAAAUCCAUAUAUGUCUGGUGCCAUAAAUGAAUUACCGGGAGAUUCAAGACCGAUUGAAAUGGUGGCGGAUGAGGAACCAAUUACGAAGUAUAGGAUGAUGGGUUUUGUAAAGUAUCCGAAGAAGUAG